AAUUAGAAACGGCAAAAUUAAAACCUCCUCUCCAAACAGAAGGAGAGGCAGAGACUCAGAGAGAGACUGGUCGCCGAAGAAGCAAAACGCAAAGCCAUGGUGUCGUACAUGAACGCGUUGCUGUACGGCGUCGGAGGCAUCGUCGUCGCCGGCAUGGCUCUACUGGUGGCUCUCCAGGAACGACUCGUCUACGUGCCGGUCCUACCGGGGCUGACCAAGUCUUACCAGAUUACGCCGGCCCGGCUCCGACUCACCUACGAGGACGUCUGGCUCCGAUCCCCGGACGGCGUUCGCCUCCACGCCUGGUUCAUCAAGCUCUUCCCUGACUGCCGAGGUCCGACGCUUUUGUUUUUCCAAGAGAAUGCUGGAAAUAUUGCGCAUCGUCUUGAAAUGGUUCGCAUAAUGUUGCAAAAGUUGCAGUGUAACGUGUUUAUGCUCUCAUAUCGAGGGUAUGGAGCAAGUGACGGAUUUCCUUCUCAACAUGGAAUUAUUAAAGAUGCUCAGGCUGCGUUGGAUCAUCUUUCUGAGAGGACUGACAUUGACACAUCUAGAAUAGUUGUCUUCGGAAGGUCGCUUGGGGGUGCAGUUGGAUCUGUGGUUGCUAAAAACAAUCCUGAUAAGGUUGCUGCAUUGAUUGUUGAAAACACCUUCACAUCCAUUUUGGACAUGGCUGGAGUUUUGCUGCCCUUCCUGAAGUAUUUUAUCGGAGGCAGUGGUUGCAAAGGUCCCAAAAUCCUUAAUUUCCUCGUGCGUUCUCCUUGGAGUACAAUCGAUGUCAUUGGCGAGGUUAAGCAGCCGAUCCUAUUUCUCUCUGGUUUGCAAGACGAGAUGAUUCCCCCGGUCCACAUGCAUAUGCUGUAUGCAAAAGCAGCUGCUCAUAAUAGGCAAUGUGUUUUUGUGGAAUUUCCUAAUGGUAUGCAUAUGGAUACUUGGCUCUCAGGUGGUGAUCAAUAUUGGAGAACAAUCAAGGAGUUUCUAAAAGAGCAUGUUCCAGAGGGACGAGAUGAUGAAUCAUCAAAGACUGAUGUGGUGGCAAAGUGAUUGGAUGGAUUUUAGACUUCUCCAAGCAUAUAUCAUUGGCUCCCCGCAGGACUCAAACAUUUUUCUACCUUUUUUUUGAAGCUGCAGCAGUUAAAAGCUCUAUUUGAGGAGUCGCUCUGCCAAGACCUGCCUGCACCACCUGUUCAGGUUUCCCCUGUAAAAGAUUCUUUGUUGUUUACGAAAUUCAGAAGGAUGCAGACGAAUGUGAAUGCCUUGGAUAUUACUAUAUGGCUUCUGGCAUACAAACCUGAAUCUUAAUCUGCCCCCGCGCUAACCCCCAUUGUAUGAAAUAAGAUUUCUUGCAAAUAUAUAUCUGGAGUUUAGCACUUGACUGCUUGUAUCUCAGUUAUUGUGAUGCUUCAGGACUAUGCUAUAAAAUGGUUAGUUUGA